ACACAGUUGGCUGACUCUCCGCCGUAGAUGGCUGUCAGUUGGGGCUAGCCAGCUAACUCACCUUUGACAACGAUAACAUUCAGACUAUUUUCGCAAGACAGAAAUAGCAAUACCAAAAUGGAUCAACAGUUUGAGGAAAUAGAUUCGUCUGGGCAGUGGCAAAACCUUUAUAAUGAAAUCCGAAACCAAGCCAGCGACUAUUCAUAUAAGAUGGCAAAACUUCCAGAGAAUCAGAAUCGAAACCGAUAUAGAGAUGUCAGCCCCUAUGAUCACAGUCGCGUUAAACUUGAAAAAUCUGAAAAUGACUACAUCAAUGCAAGUUUAGUCAUUGUGGAGGAAGCUCAAAGAUCCUAUAUUCUGUCUCAGGGCCCCCUGAAGAACACCUGCGGCCACUUCUGGUUGAUGGUCUGGGAGCAGAACUCCAAAGCUGUUAUAAUGCUGAACAGAAUCGUAGAGAAGGGAUCUGAGAAGUGUGCUCAGUACUGGCCUACAGCUGAGGGACACCAGCUGUCUUACACUGACACGGGGUUCGUUGUGACGCUCGUGAAGGAAGAGGACAAGUCCUACUACAUCGUACGAGUGUUGGAGCUGAGGAACACAGAGACAGGAGGAACCAGAGAGAUAUACCACUUUCACUACACCACCUGGCCUGACUUUGGCGUCCCAGAAUCCCCGGCCUCUUUCCUCAACUUCCUGGUCAAGGUGCGGGAGUCUGGCUCAUUGGGGACGGAGCACGGGCCCUCCGUGGUCCACUGCAGCGCUGGGAUUGGACGCUCGGGGACCUUCUCAUUGGUUGACACGUGUCUCAUCCUGAUGGACAAGAGGAAGGACCCGUCGUCAGUGGACAUCCAGAGGGUUCUGCUGGACAUGAGGGAGUACCGGAUGGGUCUGAUCCAGACUCCUGACCAGCUACGUUUCUCCUACAGGGCUGUCCUGGAGGGAGCCAAGAGCAUCAUGGGGGACUGCUCUGUACAGAGCCAGUGGAGCGAGCUGUCCAGAGAGGACAGAGCGACAGUGUGUGAAUCACCGCCCGCACCCCCGCCACGGCCUUUAGACGCCCCCACCCCCCCUCUACCCCCGCCACAGCCUUUAGACGCCCCCACCCCCACUCUACCCCCGCCACGGCCUUUAGACGCCCCCACCCCCACUCUACCCCCGCCACGGCCUUUAGACGCCCCCACUCUACCCCCACCACGGCCUUUAGACACCCCCACCCCCACUCUACCCCCGCCACGGCCUUUAGACGCCCCCACUCUACCCCCGCCACGGCCUUUAGACACCCCCCCCCCCCCGUCCCCCAGUCGUCCCUCAGAAAAGCCCCGCGGCCAGCCACUGCCCUGUGUGGAGCCUGAGGCUGUGGCGUUGUCCAGAGAGGACCGGACGUCAGGAGACAGGACAGAUCCAGACAGCUCAGAGAAGGACCUGGCGGAGGUGCCAUGUCUGAGGAAGAGACGCAGGGAGGAGCGUAUCGCCAGCACGACCCAGAAGCUUCACCUGAUGAAACAGAGACUGACGGACACAGAGAGGCAGAGAGAGCGCUGGCUGUACUGGAGGCCUAUCCUGCUCAACAUGGGGGCUGGAGCUGCCGUGGCCUUGGGGCUAGUGGUGGUUUGGCUCUUCUCCCAGUGAUACCCCCUCCCUCUGUCUGAACUGCCGUGGCGUUGGGGCUAGUGGUGGUUUUGGCUCUUCUCCCAGUGAUACCCCCUCCCUCUGUCUGAACUGCCGUGGCCUUGGGGCUAGUGGUGGUUUGGCUCUUCUCCCAGUGAUACCCCCUCCCUCUCUUCUUUGUUGCACCAGUACCUGGGACACGGUACCCCUCUCUCUCUCUGUAAGGUACAUUCUCAUGGUCUGUUUGUGCAUAACAGGGGUAUUUAUUUCUACAGGUCAAAACCAAGGUUGGGGUCAAUUCCAUUUUGAUUCCUGUCAAUUCAGGAAGUACACCAAUUCUC